AUGUAUGGUAAGGAACACAGUAGCAGGUUAGACAUCGUGGACUCCACUGACGCUCACAAUUUGCACAAGUUGACCAUCGCAAUGAGUGCCAUCUUCGAGUUGACUGAGCUUACCACAGUCUCCUUUCACCCCCUCACUUUGAACUCAAAUUAUCUCCCUGUAUAG